AUGGGGCCGCUGCGCUGGCUGCCGCUGCUUGGCCAGCUGCUGCUGCUGCGGCCGCCGGCAGCCCAGCCCGCCGGCCCCAUCCGGGCCUUCGUGGUCCCUCACAGUCACAUGGACGUGGGCUGGGUCUACACGGUCCAGGAAAGCAUGCGAGCCUAUGCAGCCAAUGUCUACACCACCGUGGUGGCGGAACUGGCCCGUGGGCAGCAACGUCGCUUUAUCGCUGUGGAGCAAGAGUUCUUCCGGCUGUGGUGGGACGGUGUGGCCUCUGAGCAGCAGAAACACCAGGUCCGCCAGCUCCUGGAGGAAGGACGCCUGGAGUUUGUUCUUGGAGGCCAGGUCAUGCAUGAUGAGGCUGUGACCCACGUGGAUGACCAGAUCCUACAACUUACAGAAGGACAUGGCUUUCUCUAUGAAACAUUUGGGAUCCGGCCACAGUUCUCCUGGCAUGUGGACCCCUUUGGUGCAUCGGCAACGACCCCCACCCUGUUUUCCCUGGCAGGCUUCAAUGCCCAUCUCAUCUCUCGAAUCGACUACAACCUCAAGGAUGCCAUGCAGGAAGCCCAGGGGCUGCAGUUCGUGUGGCGUGGGUCCCCAUCCCUGUCAGAGCAGCAGGAAAUCUUCACUCACGUAAUGGACCAAUAUGGCUACUGCACCCCCUCAUACAUCGCCUUCUCUAACAGGUCCGGAUUUUACUGGAAUGGUGUGGCUGUCUUCCCGGAGCCUCCCCCAGAUGGCGUGUAUCCCAAUAUGAGUGAGCCUGUCACCACAACCAACAUACAUCUCUACGCUGAGGCUCUGGUGGCCAACGUUAAACAGAGAGCUGCGUGGUUCCGGACUCCUCACGUCCUCUGGCCCUGGGGAUGUGACAAGCAGUUCUUCAAUGCCUCCGUGCAGUUUAACAACAUGGACCCCCUGCUGGAGUACAUCAACAACCACACUGCCCAGUUUGGCAUCUCAGUGCAGUACGCCACACUGAGCGAUUACUUCCAAGCCCUGUACGCCUUCAACAUGACCUGGGAUAUCCAGGACCACCAUGACUUUAUUCCCUAUUCUUCAGAGCCACAGCAGGCGUGGACUGGCUUCUACACAUCCCGUAGCAACCUCAAGGGUCUGGCGAGACAAGCCAGUGCCAUGCUCUAUGCUGGGGAGUCCAUGUUCACACGUUACAUGUGGCCAGCCCCCCGUGGGGCUCUGGACCCUACCUGGGCCCUGCAGCAGCUCCAACAGCUUCGCUGGGCUGUGUCUGAGGUCCAGCACCAUGAUGGCAUCACAGGCACUGAGUCCCCCAAGGUGAGCAACAUGUACGUGGAACACCUAAGAAUGGGGAUGCUGGGCGUGCACAAGCUGAUGGCCUCCAUUGCUCUGGACAAGUCCCCAGUGUCUGCGACAGACACAGGGCCUGUGGGAUACUCCGUCUCUGUGUACAACCCGCUGGCCUGGAAGAUCACCACCAUUAUCACCCUGACUGUCGCUUUCCCCGGUGUCAGUGUCACGGAUGAGUUGGGCCACCCGGUGUCAGCACAGAUCCAGAACUCUACAAAGGCCCCUUCUACCUAUGACCUGCUUAUCCUGACCACCAUCCCGGGCCUCAGCUACCGGCUCUACAAAGUCAGGCGCACUAGUGGGGACCAGGCAGGCACUGGGAAACCGGUCAUCCCUAUGGCCAGAACCCUCAAGUUUAGUCGCAAGCUGAGGAACCAGACCAGCCAGGGAGGCAAGCUCCUGGUGCCUGUGACAAACGACUGCUACACUUUAUUGUUCGACCAGGACACCAACUUGUUACAUAGCAUUCAGGAGAGACAGAGCAACCGCACAAUGCUCACAAGGCAAGAGUUCCUGGAGUACCAUGCCAACGGGGACACGAAGCAGGGCCCCAUUUCCGACAACUACAUGUUUGCACCCAACGAUACUGCUAAGCCUGCCUGGGAAGCGGUGGGAAUGGAGAUGGUGGUGGGUACGCUGGCGACGGACAUAAGGCAGUAUUUCUACAGGAACAUAGCAGACCAGGAUUACAUCUAUGCCAUCCACUCUCGUCUGGCCCACGUGCAUCCAAGCCCUGAUGGGGAAUUGCUCUGCCAACGGAUAGAGCAGCAAUACCAAGUGGGCCCAUUGGACCUGAACCGUGAAGCCAUCCUGAGGACUAGCAGUGACCUAAACAACCAGAAAGUCCUCUACUCUGAUAACAAUGGCUACCAGAUGCAGCAGAGGCCCUACAAAGCCUUCAAGAGCAAUACUAUUGCCCGGAAUUACUACCCCAUGGUACAGUCGGCCUUCAUGGAGGAUGACAAGAGCCAGCUUGUGCUGCUGGCAGAGCGAGCACACGGUGUCUCCAGCCAAGAGAACGGGCAGGUGGAGGUGAUGCUCCAUCGGCGUUUGUGGAACAACCUGUCCUGGAACCUGAAUUACAACCUCACGCUGAAUGACACCUCCGUUGUCCACUCGGUAGUCUGGCUUCUGCUGGGGCCUAAAUCCCUCACUGCUGCCCUGCGCCCGAGGAGUGGGGUGGCACUGCAGCACAGGCCUGUCGUGUUGUUCAGAGAGCUAUCUGACGAAGAGACCCGCAUUAAGAGACCCCAUGAUCACCCCGGUGUGACACUGCCCCCCAACCUACACCUGCAGAUCCUCAGCAUACCUGGCUGGAACUACAGCAGGAACCACGCCCAACACCUGAAGAACCUUCAGAGAGGCCACCCAGAGAAGCCUCAGGCCAACCUGCGCCGUGUGCUGCUGCGCCUGCGCCACCUGUAUGAAGCCGGGGAGGACCCGGUGCUGUCUCAGCCUGUGACGGUGGAUCUCAAGGUUGCACUCCGAGGACUAGGGUCUGUGAUAGCCGUGGAGGAACGCUCACUCACAGGGACCUGGGACGUGCAGAUGCUGCAGCAGUGGCACUGGAAGACAAAAGGCCACCUAAGAGGCCACCCCUCCUCACCACCAAGGUCAGCAGGAAGCUCCAUCAUCACUGUGUACCCCAAGGAAAUCCGGACUUUCUUCAUUCACUUCCAUCAGUGGCAUCAAUACAGUCGGCCUCAGGGCCAUGAAUCCUCCCGCAGCCCCUAAUGAAAACAGUGAAGAUGGACCCAGAGUGAGGAGUGAGCUGCUCAUCUGUGUGGCAGGACAUCCAUGUGGGCAGGGCUUUCUUUUUUAUUUAAAUAAAAAAGAACGGUCUGGGCUCUUCUUCUGAAGUUCAAGC